CUGGCAGACUGGGAACCAUGGAGUCUGAGAAAAUCUACAUGAAGCAGGAGGUCAAGAUGCAGGCAGCAGCCUUCAAAGACAAGAAACAGAGGGCCCCAGCCAAUAAGGAAGGUGCAGAUAACCCUGACUAUGAGAAUAUCACCUUGACCUUCAGAAACCAGGACAAGCUGAAGGGCAGCCAUUCACCCCUCAAGAAUCAGGGCAAGCAGCCAUCUGCCAGCGCACACUGCACAGCCUUGGGAGGGGCCCAUGCCCCAACCCUGUCUAGGCCACCCUCAGAAUCUGCCCAGGUUCCCCGUUGUCUGCACAGAGCCCUCAUGAUCCUGUACAUCCUCCUUGCCCUGACCUGCAUCAUCCUCUUGGCCUUGGUCUUGGCAAAGAAUUCUGAGAUGUCCCAGGAGUUGCUGGUCUUGAAAAGGGAGCUCUGGAACAUCUCCGAAUCGGUGCGGGAGUGUCAGGAGGAGCAGAAUCAGGGCUGGAGCUCCGUCCGGCAGCUCAUCAUGGAGGCCAAGCAGGGCAUUAACGUGGUCAAGAGAGAUGUCCAGUCCGAGAGUGAUAAAAUGAAGACGUUAUUAACAGGUGCCGUUGCAGACCUUCACUGGACAUGA